AUGCGUGUCGCUGCUAAUUUAACGAUGAUGUUUCAUGAGAUGGAUAUGCUACAAAAAUAUGGAAGAGCAGCUGUACUUGGUUUUCAACUUGUUGAAGUAUCGUUGCCAUAUGGAUGGCCAGCUGAGGAAUUGCUACAUCAAGCCGAACGUUAUCAUCUCAGACAUAUUCUUAUUAAUGCACCCGCUGGUAAUUGGUCUGAAGGUUUUCGUGGUCUUGCAGCGCUUCCAGAGCAAACAUCCAAGUAUAUAGAAUCUUUGGAUAUCGCAAUUCAAUAUGCAAAAACGUUAAAUGUGCAAAAGGUCCACGUAAUGGCUGGUAUAGCUGAAGAAACGAAUGAGAACUUCGAUGUUUAUGUUAAGAAUAUUCGUUUGGCUUGUCAACAAUUUAGAAAGGAAUCAAUAAUUUGUCUUAUUGAACCGAUCUGCCAAGCUGCCAUUCCUGGCUAUUUCAUGAAUUCCUAUUCGAAAGCUGUAAAAGUUCUAAAGGAAAUCAACGAACCGAACUUGCAGAUCAUGUUGGAUAUAUUUCAUGUUCAACAAAUUUGUGGUCAGCUUACCACUACUAUUGAAACACUGGCACCUUUUGUAGGACAUGUUCAAGUAGCUCAAGUACCAGGUCGUCGUGAACCAGAUACAGAUGGUGAAAUAAAUUAUAGUUAUGUGUUUGACAUACUGAAGAAAUUUGGUGACUGGGAUGUCGGUUGUGAAUAUAUGAGUAGUGGAAGCGAUCAUCAAUACUUCCAAUGGGUACAUCGUUAUGGGCUUACAUUCUGA